AUAAACUUUAUAACUACUUGUGAUAAAAGGUGGAUAUAUAUAUAUAUAUGGUUCAUGGAGAUUAUAUUAAUUACCUUUUGUUGUUUCAAGUAAAUGGCAUUAAAUUCUAAUUAACAUUGUAUUUUUAUCUGGAAUUUCACCAAGAUUAGGCUUUUUUCCUUCUUGUAAUUUAGUCAGGGACAAAGCCAAAGGGAGAGGGGGGCCAAGGCUCGGAAGUAAAACUUUUACUGUAUGUUUUAGUUGCAUGUUUUCCUUUUUAACUUUUGACAAUUUUGCUCAUAUAGGUUAAUAAUAUGACCAGUCUCUCAUUAAAAAUUGAUGGGUGUACAUCGUUCAUAUAUAAUUUUUUAAGCUAGCUACAAUUGUAAUUCAUGUUAUAUAAUAGUUUCUUGGCUUUUUUAAGUUAUAAAAUUGAAUGUGAGAUUUAAUUGCAUAGUCAUGGGACUACGUUUCCUUCCAAUUUAAUUUGAAGGUGGUGGCUCCUCAUGUUUUUCUUGUCAGGAAAAUUAGGAAAAAAAGAAAGAAAGAAAGAAACCUUGAUAGAUGGCCGACGAAUCAACAGCUAUGAUGAACACACCAGAAGAAAUAAUUAAUGCUGCAACAGAAAACGAGUAUCGGGCGCCGAAAUGGUUAGUAGAGAAAAUCAACCAUGCUGAAACAUCAACAACGCUUAAUCGCCCAUCAUCUCCAACUAUUUACAGGGUCCCUGAUUCUCUUCGGGAAUUGAACAAAGAAGCUUACACCCCUCAGGUUAUUUCAAUAGGGCCCCUUCACCACGGCUCGCUAAAAUUGAAAUACAUGGAAAAUUAUAAACUGAGACUUUUCUGGAGCUUCAUGGAACGAACCAAUAUAAACAAGGAGAAGUUAGCAAGCAUUAUACAAGAUUCGGAAGAAAGCGUACGUGAAUGUUAUGCAGAGGCCAUUCCAUUUGAUCCUGAUACUUUGAAGCAAAUUAUCCUGGUGGAUGCGAGCUUCAUUAUUGAGUAUUUCUGCAGACUUUGGUCACACACUGAGCUAGCCAACGAGUUGAUCAUGGAAUUAAAGCCAUGGCGGAUGCGACAGAUUGCAGUAGACUUGAUAUUACUUGAGAAUCAACUGCCUUUCUUUAUAAUCGAGAAAUUAUAUGAGCUGCUUACACUCAGGUCUCCUUCAACAUACCCAUCCAGCUUCCUCGACCUUACCUUUAAAAGCUACUUUGGGGCACUGAACGUUCAAAAGAUACUUGACAAAAUGUACUGUGCCUCCCAGCUGGCUGAGGCAGGAUUGAAGUUCAAGCCAACUUCAAGCAGAACCAUAGUUGGCUUAAAAUUUAACGAGAGAGUGCUGGAAAUCCCAACAUUUAAAUUAGACAGGGAAGCGGAGAUUGAUGCUCGGAACCUCAUAGCCUUGGAGCAAUGUCACUAUCCACUUGAAAGAUAUGUUACUGAUUAUUUUAUCAUGUUAGAUUUCCUUAUCAAUACAGGCAAAGAUGUGGAUUUACUUGUUGAUAAGGAAAUCAUUAACAAGCCAAGACGGGGCGCCAACAUUAUACCCACUUUAGCCGGCAGUUUUUGCACAGGUAUCUCAUUGAGGGAUGUCAAUAAUGAUUAUUAUGAUCUCUGUACACAAUUGGUGGAUUUCCGUAGAAAACAUUGGUAUGUAAUUCUGAAGAGUAGCUUGAAAAAGGAUUAUUUUCGCACGCCUUGGAUGGGUGCUGCUACCGUUGGUGCUAUUAUCUUGUUGAUUCUCACUCUCAUACAAACUAUAUGUACUGUCAUUUCAAUAUUCAAGUAGAGUGAAGCUGCUUGUGUGUCAAAAGUAUAAGAGAGUGGUCAGCAUGAGCGUGACAACUAAAAUAAUGAGAGUGAAUCUG